AUGGUUAAUUUUUCAAGCUAUCUGUACGAGAGUGAUGGAAAUCUAAUUAAAUGAGAAAUUGUCGGAAAUUGUAGAAAUCAGUGCAAAAAUUAUCCUAUGAAUAUUUCUUCAAUUAUUUAUAGAGAAAAAUAUUAUUUUUUGAAUUGUGUUGGGAUUUUUGCAUUUAACUUGAAGAAAAAUAAAAUAAAAAUGAUUCAAACUAAAUAUAAAGCUUAA